AUGUCUGCUACUAAACAUUAUCAAUUUGAUGUCGUGAUGACCUGCUCUGGGUGUUCAAAUGCCAUUAAUAGAGUUUUGACGAAACUUCAACCAGAGGUAUCUAAAAUAGACAUUUCAAUGGAGAAACAGACUGUAGACGUUGAAACCACACUGUCUUAUGAUACUAUCCUUGAAGCGAUAAAGAAAACCGGAAAGCAAGUUAAAGGUGGUAGAGAAAUAUGA